AUGUCACCAACCACAAAUUACCAAGCAAUUAAACUCGAAGAUAAAUUCGGAUACGGUACCAUGAGUCUUACUUGGACUCCUAAUCCACCUCCUUUCGAACAGUCAAUCGAAACAAUUAAAUACGUAACAACUAGCGACAUAGGUACUAAAUUACUCAAUGGUGGAGAAUUCUACGGGUUUCAGGAUAAAGAACUUAAUUUGAAGUUGCUCAAACAAUUUUUGGAAUCUAGUGAUCCUAAAUUGACCAAGGACCUAAUUAUCUCUAUAAAAGGUGGCCUUCAGGCAAAUUUGGUACCAGAUGGAUCUAAAGAAGGCAUUUCUAAAUCAAUUGAAAACAUAAUUUCGUAUUUCCCCCAAGAUAAGACUUCUCGACCAACACUUAUUUUUGAAGCAGCUAGAGUCGACCCAAAGGUGCCAAUUGAAGAAACAGUGUCCUACAUUGCUGAAUACGUGAAGCAAGGUAAGAUAGAUGGAAUAUCUCUUUCAGAAGUAGGAGCACAGUCAAUUGUGAAGGCUUCCAAUGUAUUUCCCAUUUCUUGUGUUGAAGUCGAAUUUUCCUUGUUGUGUCAAGAUAUUAUAAAUAAUGGGGUAUUAGAAGAAUGUUCCAAACGCAAUAUUCCAAUUAUUGCUUAUUCACCUAUAUGUAGAGGAUUUCUUACUGAUUACACUGUGGAAAGAGAAGACACUUUCUUGUCUCUGUUAGAUAAAAAUGAUAUAAGAACUCAUGUUGACAAGUUUUCCCCGGAAAACUUCAAGCAUAACAUGGUAUUAGUAAAGGAGUUGCAUAAAUUUGCCCACACCAAGAAGAAUACCUCAUUAGAAUCUUUGUCUCUCUCAUGGAUUUUAAAAAUUUCUGAGCUUAAAAAUUUCGAAGGCAUCAGCGAAGUGACUAAGAUCUUGCCUAUUCCAAGUGGUUCUACAAAGGAAAGGAUUAACAAGAACUUCGGUCAAAUUGUUGAGUUGACUGAUGAUGACUUAGCAGAAAUUCAACAGAUCUGCAAGUCACACGAAGUAAAGGGGUAUAGAUAUACUAAGGAACUUGACUUUAUGAAUUUUGCUUGA